AUGUCUCAAACCCAGUUUCAGUUGCAGGAAGCUGCUGCCGAGAUCAUGCGCGCUGCCAAGGUCGAUGGGCCAGACAGGUUCUGGCCUGAACUUGAGCCAGAGCUCAAGCUCUUUGCCGCUCUCGGCUAUAAUGGACAGUUUGACUUGCGAUUCGAAAACCCAACCGGUGCCAAAGUCAUGAAUGCCAUGUUGCCCUCCGACGUCUGUCCUGGCGCCAUCGUGUACCAUGGGACUAAGGAAGGGAUCUACAAAGCUAAGCUUACCGCAUCUUUCCUCUCCGAUGCCCAGGCUGUCUAUAUCCAGGCCAUCAACGUUUCUCAACGCUUUGAGGCCGCCAGUCGCACCGCGAAUCUCCGCCUCCGUGUCGCCGAUCUCCACGAACACGUUCGGCCAAGAGACAACUCUUCGACUUCUCCUCUCGACUCUUCAGGCCCACUUGCCGUCUUUCUUUUGCCCUUCAGAAAGGAAACUGAGUUUGCCUCCUGUGGCUAUAAGGUGGAAAAGAAGGCACUUGUCUUGGAGGAGGAGGGUGGAGGAGCAAACAAAUGGGGCUGUCAACUUGGACACAUCAAAGCCGCUCAGAUGAAUGGCGUCGGGCAGCAUGUUUUCUUCGGUCCUUUGGAGUCUGUCUGA